AUGCAGGACUCCGGGGGGGUCGCCGUUGCACGGGCGCUGAAGCACGCCGCGCUCUGCCUGCUGCUGCUGCCGCGUUUUCUGCUGGCGGCAGUGAUGCUGUGGCUGUUGGACUUCCUGUGCAUCCGGAGGAAACUGCUGCUGAAGAUGGGACAGGCGCAGGACGCGGACGACCCGCCCGUGUGCGUGUCGGACGCCAACAGGAUGUUUACAGUGGAGUCUUUGUGCGCGGUAUGGUACGGACACAAACUGGACUUUCUGAAAUCCGCGCAUCUCGGACACACUGCGCCCAACACGGAGGUGGUGCUCGUGCACGAGCGCAGGCGCGUGCGUCUGCUUGACUGUGUCAAAGGGAAGAGACCUCUGAAGCUCGUGAGGCAGUUCGCGGACAUCGCAGACUUUCUGGUGGUGUACAUCGAAGAGGCGCACCCGUCUGACGGCUGGAUGAGCACUGACGCCCCGUACCAGAUCCCCAAGCACCAGUGCCUGGAGGACCGGCUCCGCGCCGCGCGCCUCAUGCUGUCUGAGCUGCCCGCGAGCAGCGUGGUGGUGGACAGCAUGGACAACUCGUCCAACGCCGCGUAUGGAGCCUACUUCGAGCGUCUGUACGUGGUGCGGGACGCACAGGUGGUUUAUCAGGGAGGCAGGGGCCCAGAGGGAUACCGCAUCUCUGAGCUCAGACACUGGCUGGAGGAGUACCGGGGCAGCCUGCGCCCGGCCGUGCUCCAUGUGUAA